AUGGUGGUGGUAGAAGCAGAUGGAAACUAUCUCCGACCAUUCUCUGUCAAUGACGUGGACAUUUAUUCCGGUGAGACCUACUCAGUACUUUUCACCACCGAUCAAAAUCCAUCCAAGAACUACUGGAUUUCAGUUAGUGUGAGAGGAAGACAACCCAACACCUCUCACGGCCUCAGUAUCCUAAACUACCACCCAACCUCCGCCGCCGUGCUUCCACCAUCGCCACCACCCACCGCCCCUCUUUGGAAUGAUUACAACCACAACAAAGCCUUCUCCGCCAAAGUCCUUGCCCUCAUGGGCUCUCCCAAACCACCAACCACAUCCCACCGGAGAAUUAUUCUCCUCAACACCCAGAACCGUAUUGAUGGAUACACCAAAUGGGCUAUCAACAAUAUUUCCUUAACCUUACCAACCACCCCUUAUCUGGGUGCCAUCAAAUAUGGUCUAAACAAUUCCUUCGACCAGAACAGCCCGCCUGAAAACUUUCCCGACGACUACGACGUCAUGAAGCCGGCGGUGAACCAAAACUCAACAUACGGAAAUGGAGUUUACAUACUGAGAUUCAAUACCACUGUUGAUAUUAUACUUCAAAACGCCAAUGCGUUAGCUGUGAAUGUUAGUGAGAUUCAUCCAUGGCAUUUGCAUGGACAUGAUUUCUGGGUGUUGGGUUAUGGAGAAGGAAGGUUUUCAGAGAAGGAGGUGAAGAAUUUCAACUUGAAGAAUCCGCCAUUGAAGAACACAGCAGUUAUGUUUCCUUUUGGGUGGACAGCUCUGAGAUUUGUUGCUGAUAAUCCAGGAGUGUGGGCCUUUCAUUGUCAUAUAGAGCCUCACUUGCAUAUGGGUAUGGGUGUGGUUUUUGCUGAAGGUGUUCAUCGUUUUGGGAAGAUACCUAAUGAAGCUCUUACUUGUGGGUUGACUGGGAAGAUGCUCAUGAGCAACAACCACAAUUGA